AUGACGAAUCCUCUACGAGAUGCAGGCCCCGAGGAUCGGCCUCCAGGCUUAGAUUAUCCGGACCCGAGACUGGUUCGAAACGGUCAUCAGGACCAUCAAGGAAACCCGGUGCACCAGAUCGGUGGCGCGAGGAUUCGAAGGACCAGAACCUCGUCUUCGAGGAGAAGGAUGCACCUGGCGAACGAGGUACCACCUCAAGGAUCCACCGGUGGUAAUAACAUACCGGACUAUGCCCUCACCGCGGAUCUGCUCGCUGAGAGAACCCUGGAUGGCCUGUUCGCCGAACAUCCUGGAGAAUUGGUGCGAACAGGGUCCCCGCACGUGGUUUGCACGGUGCUACCGGCACACUGGCGGUCAAACAAGACACUUCCGGUAGCGUUCAAGGUGGUAGCCCUGGGCGAGGUCGGUGACGGGACACUGGUCACUGUGCGUGCCGGCAACGACGAGAAUUGUUGCGCGGAAUUGCGGAAUUCCACCGCGGUGAUGAAGAAUCAGGUGGCGAAAUUCAACGAUCUUAGGUUCGUCGGAAGAAGUGGCAGAGGGAAGAGCUUCACCCUCACGAUCAUGCUGCAGACGUCUCCACCUCAGGUGGCCACCCUGUCUAAGGCGAUCAAGGUGACCGUGGAUGGACCCAGGGAACCCAGGUCCAAGACAAGACACCAGGCCUUCCAUCCGUUCCACUUCGGGCCCAGGCCGUUUCCCUUCGGCCAUCCCCAGGAUCCUCUGGGAUUCAAGCUGUCUGGCUUGCAACACCUGGGUCUGGAGCAAGGAGCCGGCCAAGGGUGGGGUGGAUUACCCAGGGGCUCUCUUCCGCCGCACUGUCUUCCGCCGCCUCCCGGUCACCAUUCGCAUACACAUCCUCCGGCAGCCGGUGCGUCGGCCUUCAAUCCCUUCCACCACACCAUCGAGCAGAGAUCCCCUAGACUGCCUGGACCUAACUCUGAAUCGUCCAGGAACGAUUUGGGUCCGAUCAGCGUGUCCGUGAGGGAGGUGACACCAACAACGUCCCCCGGCAAUCCAGGACCAGGUCUGCUCACGACGGCAACCGUCGCGGCACCCACGCCUCCGGCGGAACCCACCACUACCACCACUACUCCCAGUCCCUCGGGACAUCAUUCACACUUCCAAGGUCUUCAUCUUCUGGGUGCGACAGGGUCUAUCUUCGGGUCGAUAUUCGCCCCGUUGCUGCCGCAAUCUUCCUGGCUCUACAAUCCCCUCUAUCACACGCAGCAGUACGUGUUGGAGCCAGAAUGGCACGCACUCGCGCUAAGAAUGGCUCAGCAACGAUUGCAGAGGCCCGACCAGGCCAGAGUCGAAGAGAUGAGGAAGCUUCGAGGAGGCAGCAGCAGCCCGGAAUCCGGCCUGAAGGAGGAGAAACGACGCGACCUGGACAGCCCCGAUGGUAGCAUAGAGGUGGACGACAAGAACGAGCUAGAUCCGAACAGAGAUCGCGUGAGAAGCGACGAGUCGCUCCCGGAACAGGACUCCCCGAGGAUCUCUCCGAUCAGGAGCGACGUGGAGGACACCGCCGACGCUGUGACGUUCCAAGACGCCUCUGUUCACCUUCGACCCAGCGUAGAGAACUCGAACGACCAGGAGAACGAGGAACAAAUUUCUCGCAGAGAUUUGAAGCUUCGUCUGGAGGGUACGGUUGAUCUGAGUACGAAGAAAGGACAGGAUAAGGAGAACGUUGGUCAAGAUUUGACUACGAGGAAGAAGGAGGAGGACACCGACGUCGAGAGGGAAGGAAUUAGAGGGAGAAGGGAGAGAAGCCCUAAACCCAGACAGGUCUGGAGACCUUAUUAA